AUGUGGACAGAAGCAGAACCUGUCAUUGAAGUGCUGAAAUCUUUGACAGAGGUGCAUGCUACUGUCUCUGACUUGAAGGAUGCCAAUGAAUCCGUGUUUUCUGAUAUAGUCAAUCAUGGUUUUCUAAACACAACGGGAAUUGCAGCUUUACUGAAAUCAACCAGUAUCUUUGUAGGCCUUGGGUUUCCAUUCGAAGGUCCGGCACCACUGGAGGCUGUGGCGCAUGGUGCAGUAUUCAUCAAUCCUAGGUUUGAGCCUGCAAAGAAUCGGUUGAAUACUGCUUUCUUCCGAGACAAGCCCACUUUACGUGAGUUUACUAGCCAGUCUCCUUAUAUGGAAAGUAUCGGAGCGCCAUAUGUUUAUACCGUCAACUACAAUGACACCGACCAAUUGCUAUAUGCUGUAAGGCAGGCAUUAAAAGAGCAGGUCAGUCAAUUUCGAUGA